AUGUCGGAAUCGUCGUUCGACGUCACAUGUACGCCUAUGGCGUCACGUAGAAUCAGCAUGUUGCCCAUCAGCCAUGCGGACCUCUCCUCGCCAACAACCGCGGCGAGACAGAUACAGGUGCUGGAGCUAGAAAACGUUGCACUUGCCGACGAGCUGACCACGGCUACCGACCGCAUUCGACACCUCGAGGCCGACAUAGACCGGCUCACUUGUUCGUCGAGUUCGAGCGAAUCUGCGAUUUCUAGCUCGUCGAUAGACAUGGCGCAUGCGCACCGACUCGCUGCCGAACUCAAGAGCGCGAAACGACUCGUGCAUCGUCUGAUCGCGAAGAUCGCAUCUCACCCUCCGUCGUCUCCACACGCCGAACUCGAAGACGACAUGUUCAGUCUGGAUCGGAGCAUCACACACGAUCCAGAGAGGUCGGUCGUCGUCCCCCUCUCGACACACAUUACCACGCCCAAUGGAAAAACAAAGGUGGCCAGAAGCUUCGACGCCGACCUUCUCGACGACGUACAGUCCCUGGCCGACGCUUUCAAGCAGCAUGCCAAGCAGCUCUCGUUUUCCACUGCCGAAGCAUCGCUCGCACUGCAAAGCGCCAACGUCGAAAACCAAACGCUAUGCGUCAGGAUUCAAGAGCUCGAAGCAGACCUCGCAUCAGCACGCCACGUUACACCUUCCAGUCCCGAUCCCGAUGCAGUGAUCCAACAGCUACAAACUCAACUCGACGCCGCAAGUCAGCGCGAAACCGAGCUGCAGACCCAUCUUGAACAGUCUCACUCGACACAGUCGAGUUUGCAACAGAAGCUCACCGAAACCACGGCUAAACUCGACCAGAUCACAGCAGAGCAAGAGCUGACGAUCUCGGCGGCGGCGAAAAAGUCAGCUGCGCAGAUCGAGGCGUUGCAGAUGCAGUUACAAGAACAACUCUCCUCCACAAACACGCCCGGUAUUGACUGCGACGCUUGCGGACGCAUGGCGCAGCUGCAAGUUGACCCGGACGCCGCAAGCGCUGCAAGUGCAGAGUUGCAACAGCAGCAAAACGAUCGCGACGCAGCUGACAAGGCAUCUGCUGCGCAGAUCGAGGCGCUACAAGUAGAGCUGGAUAGACGACGAAGCAAGUCGUCUGAUCUGCACGCGAUCUUGCAGGAACUGCAUGAGAAGAAGAAUCGAUUGCACGCGAUCGAGCUACAUAACAGCCAGCUCAAGUCGCUCGAAAAGGUGCUAGCUCAGCAGCAACGGAUCGUGGAUCUGCUCGAUCGGCAGGCAACGCAAAACGACGCUGGAGGUGCAUUCGAGUGGAUGUCAUACUCUCACCAACUUAGCUCUUUGUUGGAGCAGCUCAAGUGCGCUGCCAAGUCCACUGCAGCCAAGCAGGUAAAAGACGAGUCGAUCGGUACCGAGAUGGUCACCACCAAUCACGUCGAAGCGUCCAUCAUGACCGACGCAUUCGACGCUUCCUCCACCAGGAACCAGAACGACGAGCUGGUCUCGACGCUGCAGGAGCAAAUCUCCGAGAUGGAAGCACGCAUCCUUCGACGCAACGAGCAGAUCGGUUCGCUUCAACGACAGCUCAGAAACGUCGAGAACGACCUUGCACGCACACGCACUAACCAGACGCUGGCCGAACAGACCGUGUUCGAGCUCGAUGCCGAGAGGGUGCAACAUCUGGACAAAAUCAAGCUCCUCGAGGAGCACGUGGCGCGAGUCGAAGCUAGCAGCGACAGUGAAAGCCGCGCGCGGCGCGUGCAAGCUGAAAUGCAGACCGACGACGAGGCUGACGCGUUGCGCGAGAUGCAAGCGGCGCUUCAAACUGCAAAGGAGGAAACCUCUGAGCUGCGCGCUCAACUCGGACAGCUCACUGCGGAGAAUGCAGGGCUUGAGGCUCAAAAGACAGAGAUCGAGAACACUAUUGCACAGCUCACGCACCAGGUGCAUACGUUGGAAACAGCGCUCGAGCAAGCCAAAUCGCUCGACGAACAACGCGAGUCAGAGAUCUCGCUGCUGACAUGCCAACUUGAGAAAUCUGACGAUCGGCUGACGACGAUCAAGCUCGAGCUGGAGGGCCUGCAUGUAUCGCUCGCCGAACGACGCGAAGCUUCGUCGCUCGACGCAGAACGCAUCCAGGCGCUCGAAUCUCAACUCUCAACCGUGCAAGCCGACCACUCGGCACUAACAAGCUCGGCAACAGCUCAGCGUCAGCAGCUCGAGCAGGCGCGAUCGACCAUCGAUGAGCUCAACGCCAAGAUCGCUGCGCUCGUGCGUCAAGUAGAACCAGAUCAGAACAAGGCUCGCGCGUUGCAGACCGAGCUGGUCGAGCUCCAAGCCAAGCACGCCGAGCUGGAACGCGUGCUGCUCGAGCGCGACCAGGCGAUCCAGAACAGGAAUACUGAGUACUGGUCACUCAAAGAGGAGCUCGCCGAGCUGCAAGACGAGGUCGAACGCAGUCGCUCCGACCCUUCUGCCCAUGUGGUCGGCGAGCUACAGUCGCAGCUAGCCGCGGCUGUGCAGGCCAAGUCGCACUUGGAAGAACGGAUCGGCGCUCAGGAGGCUGCGUUGUUGCGGAUCAAGUCGGACCUCGCUUCAGCGAGGUCGACCGAAGAACUGCUCAAUCACCAGAACUCGGCCUCUCAACGACGCAUCAUGGACCUCGAGGUGCAUGUACACCAACUCGAGUCCGAUCCACGUGCUUCUGAAACGCCGACCCAAGAUGCAGACCUCAAGCACAGGAUGCAAGAAGCCGAGUCCGAAAUCGGCUACCUCACCACGCGAAUCUCGCAGCUUGAAGAAGAACUCAGUCGCAAAGCUGAAGAGAUCGAAGAGGCGGACAGCAAGAUCCUAGAUGCGCUCAAGGAGAGCAAAAAGUACGCUACCAGGUAUACCAAGCUCAGCGGCAGAUUUGAGGUGUUGCAGGCCGAGGUCAAGGCGAAAGAAGCGCGGGUGGAUGAGGUCGAGCAGUUGCUGAGGGUCGAGAGGGAGCGAGUUGUUUGCAUGGAAAAGGAAAACGGUAAGAGGGGAGAGCACGACAAGCGGUUGGCGAGUGGUGGUUUGGCAGGACGCAAACGGGCCAAGCCUGAUUCCGUGGAUGACGAGAUGCAUGUCGCAGCGACGGCCAAGACACGGUCUGCGUUGCGUCAAGCUGGCGUGAAAGCAGUAUAUGCACCUUCGCCGCGGACACCGGCAGCGUCGUUCACGCCGGUCCGUCGCGCCGUCGCGCACAGUGCAGCUCGCGCGCACACGAAUGCGUCGGCGCCACCGCUCGUCCUCGGCCAAGCUCCACCGUCGAACCAUGCAAUCGUACGCAGCACGUCGAACCCGUCGGAACUCAUCGCACAACGCUUCAGCACUUCGCCUGCUGCCGCGGUGUGCAAACCGUUGUUGAGCGACCGAACCAACCUCUCGUCCACAACCGCGCCCGUCGGCACGAGCAGGUUAAGCUCCAAGAUGGCUUCGUCCGGCGCAGACGCCGCAAAGUGCACCUCGACCCACUCGUCGGCCGCCGACUCUCGACCCGACAGCGUCGUCGCUCCUUGCGCAUCCGCCGCCGCAGGCGCCGCCGACUUUUUGGCCAGAAUCAAGGCUCAACGUGCAGCCGCUUCGCAGCGUGCAUAG